CUCUUGACUCAAAACAAACAUGACUGGAGUCCAGGAUGCCGAUGCAGAGCAAUUUGCGCUCAAAGCUAAGAAAAAGGAGCAAAAACAUCGCAGAGUUUGAGUCGUGUCCUCGGUGUCACUUGUCCAGUGCUGUCCAACACCACGAACGUAUUCACUCGUCCCUUUUCUUCUUAGUUUGCUUAUUUAACGACAUGUUUCUCUCUAAUCAUCGCUUUGGGUUUUAUAUUUUGUGUAACUUGCUGCCUAAUUCUGCCAUCAGGAAAUCAGCUUUUGAACAAGUGAAGACGUGCUUCUGCUGUGUGUCCUGCUGAAAUACUGUGUGUCUUAUCACACUUAGUAAAUAAAACUCAGCUGAGCACUAACUCACUUUGGGUGUGUCUCAACCAGUCCUGAAAACGAAAGCUAACUCACUAUGGUUUCGAUCACAAACCAGGUGGUGAUCUAGAAUUUUCAGCAGUUUCAAUCAGUUUCAGAAGUGUUGGUGAUCUCCAGCGCGGUGAUCGAUCCGAUUUCCAGCAUCGAUCUGUUCUUCUUGUCUGGAGACAAUAAACCACAGGAACAACAUGUCAGCAGCGAGAAAGGAGCUACGGAAGGCCUUGCGCCGCUACGCCACAGAUACCCUCAUAUAUGUUGACACAGUGAGAGGAUUCUGUGAGAGGAUGUCUAAAUGGAUGCUUGGGAGGGAGUCAGAGUUGCACAUGAUGAUGGACAUCAAGGACAGGACAGACAACAUCGACCUAAACAUCAGCCAUGUUACCCAGUCAGAGAACAAAGGUAAGGCCAUGGGAGAAUAUAUGAAGAGCAAGGUGAGCCAGGUGACUGCAGACAGCAGGCGAGCAGAGCUGGAGGGGGAGCUGGCUGCUGUCGUGAAGGACACCUUGAGAGGUCUGGAGGAGCUCGACCGCUUCCUGGAUGCAGUGGAGAAGCUGGCAGUCACCUCACUUCCUGUGUUCAUGGAGGAGAACCAGGCAUUGCAUCUACCGGAAGGGAUCAGCCGUGAAAAUGUUCAGGUUGUCAUCACUGCUGCUCGACGAAUCUGCCCCCUCCUCCUCGAGUUCAAAAGAGAUGCAAGCGGCUUCUUCUGUCCCAGACUUCAGAAUGUAGAAGUGCUGGCAUAUCAGCUGGACAAAUACAUACAGACCACUCAGAUAAUCUGCAACAAGCUGGAGAAAAGCUCUUUCAGUGACUUUUGCUCAAAGAUGAAUAUGGAAAGUGAGGUAGACCUCGAUGUGGAUUUGUCUGAAGAUGUUGUACAAACGAUGCUUCAUCAUAUUAAUCAGCUUGAUGAUAUCAGGAUGAACCAGAACUUUCGGCUGGUGUCCUUGUUCCAAGAGGACUCGAGUUCGAGCUUCAUCAGUGAAUUCAGCGAGCGUCAGCCCAGGAUGCUGCAGUUUCUGAAAGACAUGGAGGAGUGUGCUGUUCAGCUAGACAAGAUGAAUAAAGGGGCAAAGAUCUCCAGUGUGGCAGGCAGCUCAGUGGGGGUAGUUGGAGGUGUGCUUUCCAUUGUUGGUUUGGCAUUAAUCCCUGUAACAGCAGGAGUGUCUCUGGCUCUGAUGAUGACCGGGUUUGGCCUGGGAAUAACCAGUGGAGUCAACAGUGUUGUUACUACUGCCACAGAGAUUGGAGUAAACCGAACACAACAGAAGAAAGCCAGUGAAGCCUUCCAGAGCUUCAUGGAGGAUGUGCAGAUUCUGCAGGACUGUCUGGAAGAGGCCACCAACAAGGAAAUAAACCAGAUGGAGCUCGUUCUGGGCGUAGGCAAGCUGGUUUGUAAAACGGCUGCAAUUGGAAAAACUAUUGAUUCUCUUGCUGAUGCUGUCUCUGCUGUUAAGGUGUUAAAAAGUGAGGAGCUGGUUGCAAGUGCUGGCAAAGUGGUGGCCCAGGAAGGUAAAGCAUUACGUAACGUCCCCAGACUGGCCUCAGACAUCCCAGAUGUUGGUCAGGUAGCACUCAAAGGGCCUCUUGCAUUCAGCAAGUCAGCUAGAGCAGGUUUCAUUGCAGUCAAUGCUCUUUUCAUUGGCAUGGACAUCUUCUUCAUCUGUAAAGACAGCAUCAGUCUGCACAAAGGCAGCGAGACUGUAGUCUCACAGUUCAUCAGAGCCAGAGCUGCACUCUGGAGCUCAGAGAUGGACUCAUGGCAGAAGAUCCAUGACUCCCUGUGUGAAGGUCUUCAGACAAAAGGGAAAAACCAAGCCGUCCUGGACAAGCAAUUUUAUUCUGAGAUGCAGAUGAAGAAACAUGAAGAAACUGAAACAGAAACUGACACAGAAACAGAAACAGAAAGUCCACCUGAUGAAGUGGAUGAAAAACCAGAAGAAAAACAAUUUUGUGUGAUUCAGUAGAGCUCAGUGAGCAGAUUACUGUGGGGCUUUUUGCUAACUUUGACAAAGUGAUCAGAUAUGAAAUCAUUUCAUUUGAUCUAUGUAUGAGAAAUCCUAAUAUAAUAAUAAAUAUACUUACCACAUUAUUUCAGCAUUGAGUCAUUAAAAUGUACAUUUCUUAAUAAUGUAAUGAUUUCCUGAUUUCUAUUGUAUUCAUGAACCCUUUGCUAAGCCUGUUCCCAAACCAAAUGUUUUAUAGAUGUUAUUAAGAUUUUAUAUGAUAAAUUGAUAACUUAAUCAAUCUGCAAAC